AUGAGAGCAGACAUCCAAGCAAGGGUUCAGAUUGCCACACCAAAGGCUUCAGAAACUACCCCAAUUAAACUCUGGAAACAAAACACUGAUGAUGGUGACUUGGUUGUCUGCUGCCAUGGUGACUGUCUGCCUGAUCUGACUCCUGUAGAUAUGGAACAGGCAGAGGAGAGGGUUUUUGAUACGGUUGGGCCAUCAAAAUUUACCCUAGAGAACAACCGGUAUUACGCAGUCCAUCCAAAUUUGGCCCUGUACUAUGAGCCUUUAAAGCCCUCCUCACUGCAUAAGCUUCUGAUUCGAAACAGAAAUAUCACCAGCUUCAUGUUCAAACUAUCGGAGUUUGAUCAGGAUAUGACCUCACUGAUCAUGACCAACAACCCACUUCCCAGCUAUGUCAAUCAGGAUAAUGAUCCAAAAUACUUUUCCAGGAUGAUACUCCAGGAGAUUUGCUGUCAGCCUAAACCCACUGAGAAAGUCUGCCUACCCAAGAUGCCUCAGGAAAAGAAAACAACCUUCCCUUUGAAAAGGAUGGACGAUUCCACACUCAAGAAAAAACAGUGGUUUAGGUUUUCUACUGACAAGGAUUUCAAGAGUGAAGGGAAAUACUCAGAAGUCUAUGCUUUGAAGAAACAGAAAAAACUGUACCCUAAACUGGUCUUUGCUCCAGGCUAUGGAAAAGAUACUAAGAAAGGAGUUUCCAAGCAGCCAGAGAGCCAAGAAGCACCACGUUCCCAGGAUGUUUGGGAACCGCUCACAUUUUCGACUCUCCUGGAACAGAAGCCCACCAGGGACGCGCCAGGGGAAAGCACCUUCCGCUACGGAAGGGCCCAGCAGUGGAUUAUCAAGAAGGCCACUGUCACUAAGCGGUAA